AUGAAGCCGUCGAGCUCGACUCUCCCUGCCAAAUGGGAGGAAGCGACAAAUUUGGACGUUGCUGAUCAACCAGAGGACUUCCAUUACUCCUCGAAGAGUCACGCUACAGUCCUCCUGAACUCCUUGCAAAAAGCUCAAGAGGUUUCGUUGGUCUCGAGAACGACGCGAAUAUCAUUCGUCUUUCCCAGGAAGCCGACCAUCCCUUGUGUAACGUGACGAUCGAAGUCGAUGGCGAACCCGUCGUCAAAGCUCACGGAGCGUUGUUGGCGGCGUGCAGCACUUUCUUCGAGUCGACCCUCGUUUGUAUCCAUCCGCCCACUUCGCAAAUCACGCUCGAUCUCGACACGUCUAUCGUAGGUCUGUAAUAUGAUAAUAAUUCGUUCAUAUCAAGAUAUGAUCCAAAUUAACCAAUGCCUUAGAAUUCUUUGCCCUAACUAGUAUGAAUCAACUUUUCUCAUCUCAUGAAUAUAUUCGAAAAUUGUGUUAGAACAUAGGCAAAGUCGGAAAGGGUGGAAAAAAGAUCCGAAAAAAUUCCUUUUUGCUGCUUUUUUGCGCCAUUUAAUGGGCUUUUAUGCAUCAUUUUUGCUGCUGUUCCCUUUUUCCAACAUUUUUUGAGUCUUAAAAAUUCUAGAAAAACGAAAGAUCGAUAAAGGGACCCUUUUUGCUGCAUUUUUGCGGCCUUUUUGAGCUUCUUCCUUUUAGCGGCCAUUACCAUCCACUCCAUAUCGAUUAAUAGCAGCAAAAUAAAAAUGAGAAUAAAGCAAACUGGAAAAAAAUGAGCCUAGUUAUUAAUUUUUAUCAUAACUUUUCCGAUUUAUGAUUUUUUUUUUCUAUUGUAUAGGAUAAUCCUUUAAAAAAAAUUUUUUUCAACAUGCAACAAGAUGUAUUUUUUUAAAAGUCAGUUUGCGCUCUUUUUUUAAUUCGAAUAUUAUAAAGAUUAAUUUAUCGAUCUUCUUUUUCGCUCUUGAAUUUACAUGAGUUUUAUAUUUUACCUACAGUACCGUCAGAAAAGAUACGAAAAAAAUCAACAUUCUUGAUCAAAAAAACUUUCUUAAUCUUCUUGAAAACUUCUGGAGUAGUAAUUACUGUUAUUUUUAACCCCCUGAUGGAAUUUCAGUCGCAGAAAAAAAAACGCAGCCUAGAAAGUUUCAAAAAAAAAUUAAGCUUCAUACGAGGAAAUGGCGAGCGAAAAUUUUUAGUAUCUUUUCUGACGGUACUGUAUGUUGAUAUAGAGAGUUUUUUGCGGCUACAGAAGCCUUUGUUUGAAGGUUUUCUCUUCACAAGGACUUUCUAGAUGUGGACCGGAAUUCUCUCCUCAAAGUGAUCCGUUACAUGUACACCGGCGCUGUGGAAGUGGAUGAGAAGCUCUGGAGAGCUGCCAAGGCCUUGCAGUGCGCCAAACUGGAAAAGGUUCCGGAGUUCAUCUUUCCAGAGUUUCUAACAGUCUCUCUUCAGUUUUCAACUUCUUUGAUCGAAGUCGUUGCUGGUCCCAUGGAUUCCUGGUCGGAAGAGGGUUUAGAAGAAGGUACGAACUUUCUAAAUAUCCCUCAUGAGUGGGAAUCCAAGCGUGCGGAAGCAAGAAGAGGGUCAGCUUCCCCGACGUCAAGUGCUUGGUGGAGCUGUCCACUCGGAGCAUCAGGAACGACGAUCACGCCCUCGACGUCUUGAGGGAGUUCGACAGGAUGAGACGCGAUCGCAUCCUUCUCGACUGCAUCAUCAAUGUCAAUGUAGGUGAUGGUGGUACGAAGAAAAAAAAAAUUCUUGGGGUGAACCUUGAAGAUUAACGGAUUUCCUAGGCAUUCUAGAAUCGUUAGCACUGUAUAGUGCUUCUAGAAUCGUUAGCACGGCAUACCAGCGCGCUUGCAUCAGUUUAGAGAGCACGGUGUACUUGGAGAGACCAGACUCUGCCGUUUCCUUUUUGACAUGCCAGCGUGCAGGUCCUCAGACAGUGUGCAGAGCGAGGAGGGUACGAGUCUGGUCACUCCAAGUUUACCGUGCUCUCUGAACUGAUGCAUGCCGUUCUCCUCCUGAGCCUCCUAUCAUGCACUUUUUCAAUAUCCAUCCAUCAUUUUUCAUAUUGCCUCAGGUUGGCCGUGUCUGGGCUCAUCGGUGUGUUCUGGUCGCCUACUCGAAAGUCCUGCAGAAUCUUAUACUUUCAGUCGGACAGCGUGCUCUGGUCACACUAGACAUCGAUCCCAAAGCUAUUUUUAUGUCCAAGUUUGGGCUCCCUCUAUUUUAAAACUACCUUUUUUCUUAGACAUGAUGCUUACGAAAUCGUCAGUUUCAUGUACUUGGGAUUUCUGAGAACCACCAGGAAAGAUCGACGUCUGAAACUGAUGCGAAUCCCGGCUGAACGGCUUGAGAUCCAUGUAUUUUGAGAUUUUCCCCCGAGAGAACAAUAUAAAUGAGAAUUCCAAGGGUCUUGUUGGUAUCAUUUCAAAGUGCAUUGCAGACGCUCAACAGAAGGAGAAAGAUUUGCCUUCGGCUACUGGUUGGUUCUUUCUUCUUUCCUUCUUCGAUUGCACAUUUUUAGAGGAAUUGAUGUUCGACCACAGUCAUAUCAUUCGUUCAAACGGCCUCUCAGGCUUUCAAAUCGAUAGCUCUAGCGAUAACUUGCCAGGAGAUCCAGUUUCCAGCGACUAUAACAGGUGUGGUCUAUGUGCCACGAUUUGAAAUUUCACGGAACGACAUUCCGCUGUUCCGCUGCGCGCGUUCGCGAAGCGUCUUUCGAAUCUAGGUCACGCUUUCAAUUUAUUAUUAUUGCUGUGGGAGCACAUGAAAGUAGAGUACCUUGAUAAAAAAAAAAAUUAAAAGAACGCGACCAAGGUUUGCAAAGGCGCGCAGUGUCACAGCGGAAUGUCGUUCGGUGAAUUUCAAGUCGUACACAGGCUAUAUAACUCCUAUUUCAUUCAUUUGCUCAAUAAUUUUGUCAAGAAUCUACGAAAACUACGUCGAAGGUCCGAAAAGAAACAGAAGAACUGUUGGGCUGCUGCCAAUCAAUGAGAUCCAAGUCAAAGGCCCGGUCGUCUAUGAAGGCAAAUUCAUUUUUUCCUGAAACCUCCUAGAAGUGGUUUUCAGAGGAUAAAUCUGAAGACGGGAAGCCGAUCCCAGCGGUGAACGUGACGCGAAUCCCGGCCGAGUUCUCUCGCAAAAGGCCUCUCGACAGCUUCGGCUACGGCCUUCCGGAAGUCGUGUCUCGCAACGACUUCACCGUCCCCCUCAUCGUUGGCGACCAGGAAGUUCUGCCCAACCUCUCUUCUUUUCACUCGACCUCUUCCUCCAGGAGAUGAUGCAAAAACCUUAUAAAUGCAACUUUUGCGACCAUCGUUCUAGAGAGAGGAGCUCCAUCCAGAAACACAUCCGGUCGGUUUCCAGUUUUUAUUAAUCAUGAUCUUCUCGGGCAAAGUCGGAAUGGUGAAUAAAUGGCCGCUAGAAGGCAAAAAAAGGCCGCAGAAAGGCUGCUAAAAGAGUCUCUUUUUAGAACUUUUCAAAAAAUGGUACAUAAAGCCGAUAAAAUGGCGCAGAAAGGCUGCAAAAAGGAACAUUUUUGGAGCGGUUUUCUACCCUUUGCCUAUGUUUUUUGGCUUUUUAGAAGGAAUGAAGACGAACUUUAUGUACUGGCAAAGUGCUUUGUUCAGUUUUAUCGGUACCUUGCAAGACUUUUUGAGGAAUUUGGAUCAAAAAAAAAAAGACGUAGAAAUUAUUUUAUCACGAGAAAAUCGAGAGGAAUUUUUAGUGAACUGACAAAACGGAAAAUAUGGCUUAAAAAUCCCUUUGUUCAGUUUUUUUUCCAAACAUAUUCCAUUGCGAAAAAAGCCAUCAGAAAAAAAAAAGUCGAAAGCCCAGAUUCAGUUUGAAAAAUUUCAAAGAACAACCUCUUCCCAAAAAAAAAAUGUAUCUGUCAGAAACUUGAUUUUUCAGCUGUAUGCACACCCAUGAAACUCCUUACAAGUGCGAGUACUGUGGCAAGAGUUUCAAGAUUCAGAGUAAUCUGAUGCGUCACAUCCGAUCUCACACAGGUAUCUUAGUCAUAUUUUAUUGAUUGCUUCACUGUUUCACGUAUUUUUUCAGGGAAAAUUAUUUUUUUCGUUUUCAAGAAUUCUUUGUCUAUUUUUGGAGGCUUGAAAAAGGUCGCAGAAAGGCAGCAAAAAGGCUCCCUUAUCGAUCCUUCUAUUUUUCCGGUGUUUUAAAGGCGCAAGAAAUAGUGGAAAAAGGGAGAGACCGCAAAAAUGGUCCAUAACAGCCGAUGAAAGGGCCCAAAAAGGCAGCAAAAAAGGAAUAUUUCUAUGGACCUUUUUUCCACCCUUCCGACGUUGGCUAUGACACCUUUUUGCGUUCAAUUUUUAUAAAAGAAAGCUGAUUUGAGAAGUAUUUUCAAAAACUAAUCCAUUUCCUCAAAAGAUAUAACUUUCCCGAUUGGUAAGAUUAUUAUGGACACAAAUAGUCGAGUUGGGCGAAUAUUGACUUUUUUGAGCUCUGUUUCCAGGCGAAAAACCGUACAGCUGCAAGAAGUGUGGCGUCUCGUACGCUGACAAGAAAAACAUGGACACCCACGUUUACCGGCAACAUUUGCAGCUGCAACAAGUUACCUGCACUGUCGAAGGCUGCAACGCCAGGUGAUCAAUGUCUUCGUGGUUUUUGGCCUUUUAGUGGCAACUAUAGAGGCUCCUCAAGGACUAUUUGAAGAGGACACUGAAGUGGCCACUAAAACAACCUUUAUAGAGGCCACUAUUUUGUUCAUUAUUGGCAACUGUAGUAGUUUUAAUCAUCUAGUAGUACCACUUGGAACUCUAUAGUGGCCACUGAGUUUUAACCUCUAGUGUCCAUUAAUUUGACUACUAUAAUGACCACUUAAAAAUUUCUCCAGUUUUUUGUAUUCAAAAAAGAAAAAGCCGAGAGAAUUAUCUUAAAAUUUUUUUUUCCCCCUAUUUAUUGCUCCCUGUUCAGGUUCUGGCGCCCUGAACGUUACCAGCUGCAUCUGAAAAAUGUUCAUGGAAUCGCCACCGUUGAUGCUUUCGUCUAA